AUGAACGCCAACAUCGAGCAAGCGCAUCAGAGUCCUUCGCGACCUCUGGAGGCCAAUGAACCCGUGGCAAAAACCGAAGAGCUUCCGAAGCUCAGCGCACAGGAAUUCAGGGUGUACAACAGCAUGGCCGAGCACAUGAAUUACUUUCACGAGCACUUCCGCCAAACGUGGAACCUCCUCUACACCGCCGCCAGCAGCGGCGCCCGACCAGCAGGCAUGUCCAUCCGCGCCUACCUCAACACCGGCGAGCAGUUCGCACACCACCUCACCGUGCACCACACGAUCGAAGAGCGGCACAUUUUCCCCGUGCUGGCGCGCAAAAUGCCCGCCUUUCGCGAGGAACUGGAGCUCCUGACGCAGCACACGCAAAUCCACGAGGGGCUGGUGAAGUUCGAGAAGUACAUAGAGGAGUGCAAGAGUGGGGAGCGGGAGCUGCAGAUGGGCGAGGUGAAGGGGAUCAUGGACACUUUUGGGACGGUGCUGUGGACGCAUUUGGAUCAGGAGGUGGCGCAGUUGGGCGCGGAGAAUAUGCGGAAAUUCUGGACGAUGAAUGAGAUGCGGCAGAUGCCUAUGUGA